UGCAGUGUUGCGCUUUCCUGUUUACGGGCGGGAAGAGCGAACGAGACAGCAGCCACGGUGUUUAAAUCUCCAGGACAUUUGUUUUAUUGAUCAAACACGUGAUUCGUUUGCUACAUUGACACACUGGCCAUCGCGAGGUGGGUUUGAUACGUAUAAAGUGGACUGGUGCAGAAAACGAAAGAGGUUCUGGAGACUGCAGGACAGAUGGAGGAUCCUCCUGCUGAUUCUGGUGGCGGCGGCGGCGGCGAUGCUGCUGCGGAGGGCCCCGCAGUGCAGGUGGCAGAUAUGUGCUCUCCCAGCGGGGCUCUCCCUCUGCGGCUUCUAGAGUGGAAAGUCAAGCCCGGAUCUCUGGUUAACGUGGACUCUGUGCUGGCACUGUGUGCUCCCAUGCCUCGGGAGAAGGGGACGGGGGCUGCCAGGCUGCCCGAGAAGAAGGUGAAAUCAGACCGUUCUGGAGUAGUGAAGGAGCUAGGUUGUCAAGUUGGACAAAUCAUUCCUCCAGGUGGUGUCAUCGUCAGGAUUGAACAGUGCAGCCAUCCCAUUGUCAUGAAGGGCUUGUGCGCCGAGUGUGGCCAGGAUCUUACUCAGCUCCAGGGAACAAACGGGAAGCAACAAGUUCCCAUCUCCACAGCAACAGUCUCCAUGGUUCACAGUGUCCCUGAACUGAUGGUCAGCUCUGAGCAAGCCAAGCAGCUGGCCAGAGAAGACCAGCAGAGACUCCAUCGAAACAAGAAGCUGGUCCUCAUGGUGGACCUGGACCAGACUCUGAUCCACACCACUGAGCAGCACUGCCAUCGCAUGUCCAAUAAGGGCAUUUUUCACUUCCAGCUUGGGCGAGGGGAGCCCAUGCUCCACACACGACUGCGCCCACACUGCAAGGAGUUUCUGGAAAAAAUCACCAAACUCUACGAGUUGCAUGUCUUCACAUUUGGGAGCCGGCUGUAUGCACACACCAUUGCUGGCUUUUUGGAUCCUGAAAAGAAGCUUUUCUCCCAUCGAAUCCUUUCCAGAGAUGAGUGCAUCGACCCGUACUCCAAGACAGGGAAUCUUAGAAACCUUUUCCCCUGUGGAGACUCAAUGGUCUGCAUUAUCGACGACCGAGAGGAUGUUUGGAAGUUUGCCCCAAACCUCAUCACUGUGAAGAAGUACACUUAUUUCCAGGGAACCGGAGACAUAAACGCACCACCGGGAUCACGGGAAGCUCAGAUCACCAGGAGAGCAGGAGGACCCUCAAGUCGACCGGCAGAAAACACAGAACAAGUAGGCACAGAUGAGCAAAAUAACGGUCUCAGGAAAAAAGCAAAGGACCUCAAUGUUUCAGGAAAGGAAGAGCCUGUAGUACCUCAGUCUUCUCAGGCAGAAGCAGCCAAUGAAAGGACACAAGAUGAUGUGGGACAAGGUCAUGGGUCAGAAACGGGUCAGAAAGGGGCAGAGUCUGGAGCGGACUCAAAGGAAACUCAGGUGGGUGACAAAAUAAAAAGUAGGGAAGAUAACGGUAACGGGACAGCAGCAUCACAGGAGGGCGAGAACUCGUCAUCUGCUCAUCGCGAGGGCAAUAAUUUAGAUUUUGACCUUUCUAGUGACAGCGACAAUGACUCCGUUACAGGAAAGCCUCCCUCAUCAGACAGUAGUAGUGAGGCGAGGCUAUCCCAGACAAAGAAAUCUGGGGAGGAAAGAGAAAGACGGCAGCCCUCUGAUGGGGACGGGACGAAGGAGGCGGACAGUAAAGAUUCUUGUGAAGUAGAAAACAGUUGUGAUGUUGUAGAACCUUCAGGCGUGGUCCUGCCCGACCCAGAGCUUGGGAAUGGAUGUUUAGACAGGAGAGAACCAGAGACCGAAUCCCAGAAUAGUGAACAGUCUGGGGUAACUGUGGGAGAGGAGCUGCUUGACCAGAGCAUGGAGGAGGAGGAAGAGGAAGCUGAUAAUGAUGAGGACGAUCACCUCAUCCACCUAGAGGAAGUGUUGGAGCGGAUCCACACAGAGUACUACAGCCGCUACGGGGCCUACCAAAGGGAAAACUCUUCUGAAAUGCCAGACAUUCGUAAGAUUGUUCCUGAGCUGAAGGGCAAGACACUGGAAGGCACAAGAGUGGUGUUCAGUGGUUUGUACCCUACCAACUACCCAAUGGAGCGGACACGGGAGUACUACCACGCCAAAGCCCUGGGGGCCAAGAUCUGCAAACACCUGGUUCUUAACGCUGAAGACCCAAGCCGGACGACCCAUCUUGUUGCAGCGAGAGCAGGAACAGAGAAAGUUCGACAGGCUCAAGGCUGCAAGCACCUGCAUGUCGUCAGCCCGGACUGGCUGUGGAGUUGUCUGGAGCGCUGGGAGAGGGUGGAGGAGCAGCUGUAUCCUCUGAAGGAAGACUACUCAAGGACACCACGGAGCAACAGCCCCGCAGCCUUUCCGGACGCUCAGGGCUCCGUGCAUCAACCACUUUUCCACCCAGCUCUCGUCCACCCCAAACCUCCUCCUGCUCCUCCAGAGGUGCGGACGUAUGACUCUGUGACGGGAAAGCUCAUCCGGAGUGGUCCUCAGUUGUCCCCCUACCUGCAGUCCUCAUUUUCUGAUUCUCGAGAUCUGUCCGCACUCAGAGGAAAGGCUCAAAAAGAGGGGGCAGGAUCCGGCAGAGAUGACGAGCAGCCGUGUUGCUCUCGCCGUAAACGACAGCAGAGCAUGUCGGAAACCAUGCCUCUCUACACGCUCUGCAAGGAGGACCUAGAAAGCAUGGACAAAGAGGUGGACGACAUCUUAGGCGAGGAGAGCGACAACGAAAGUGAAGGCCGAGGGAAGGAGAAGACAGGCGCAGAGGAGAUGGAUGAUGAAGAGGAGGAACAGCAGAAGCAGCCAGGAAGCAGACAGACAACAGGACAAGGACUUAGUCCUCAGGCACCGAGCGCAGAGGAGAGGCCUCCGACAUCAUCCUGUAGCACCAGUCUGUCCCACAGUGUCAAAAGGGGCAACAAACGUAAACACGGUGAAGCAACGAGGGAGGAGUGCAUGGACACAGACGACGUAGAGAACAAGAAGGAAAGAGAGGACUCCACCAACGAGUCCUCCAAGGACUCGAACGAGGAAGACGACGGCAGUAGCUCGGAGGCAGAUGAGAUGGCUGCUGCCUUGGAGGCAGAGCUGAAUGAUUUUAUGUGACACGGAAACUAAAGAAAGACAAAAAAAUGAAAUAAAAACGACCUUUGUGAACUUGGUACCUAAAAGUUUGGUUUGUUUUUCUGGAAUGUGUGUGAUUAGGGUGUGUGAGCCUUGAAUGUGUGUCAUAAAAAAACUGAAUGUCCUGUACAGAAAUGUGUCCCCAUGUAGAUAAAGCUUAGAGUUUUCUAGCACUGCCAUCUUGCCUGUUUGGCAGCAAGAAGAAAAAAGAAGUUUCAAAAGGAGACAUAAAAUUUAUACAUUUAUUUCUAUUUCAAGUUUUGUAUGGAUGAGAACUUGAUUGAUAUUCUAAAUGUAUAUUUUGCUGAUUGUUCUUGCCAAAGAGUUUAAAAUAGGUUUGCAAAGAUGUGCAGCUAAAUAUUUCACUUAUUUCUUUUUGAUUUCUUCUACAAGUUUUUAAGGUCGUGCAGCCAACCUAUCCAGACAGUUGAAUGUGUUUCUAUUUCCAUGUUUUUUAUUCUUAUGUUUAGAGAUAAAUAUCUACUGACUGUUGUAAGCUUAACCCAACUUGAAUCUUUUUACGUUGCUCAGCUCUCUUCCAUCUCAGACGUUUUUUGACCUCUUCCAACAGAAUUCGGUCCCUUUUUGCUGUUUUUGGUGUUGUGUUUAAACAUAUUUCAUCUAGCUUUCAGACUCCCACUAAAGGUUGUCUGACUCUGUUGUUAUUUUUUUAUGUGUGUUAUCUUCAGAAUGAUCACGUAUUCUAACAUUUGGAAAUACUUUUGUUUUUUCUAAAAUAAAUACCUUUUCAGAUACUGUAUAAACAAAAA